GGUGUGGCUGUAUGGGAUCACAAUUCCCAACCUCUCACCUAAUGUAGGUUCUUGAACUUUUACUCCUUCGGCACUCAACACCGUCGCUGGAUCUGCCAUCGUAGAACUGCUUGCUACGCUAUUAGAGUCACAUAAUUGAUUCUGGACCAACUCUCUAUUUUCGAGGAUAUAAUGGAGAGUUUGAGCGCGGAAGAUCUGUCGAAAAUAGGAGGAAUCGCCACGGUUUCUCUUCUGCAUUCCUUCAUACCAACGCACUGGCUGCCAUUCUCCAUCGUUGGCCGAGCUCAGAAAUGGACUCUCUCCAGGACUCUCUUCGUCACGACGUUUGGAGCAGUUCUGCACGUGAUAUCCACUUCACUUCUUGGUAUAACAGCAAUCACCAUUGCAGACAGUAUUGUUGGUGAAGAAACAGUCCAUAAACUUGCUUCACUUCUGCUUGUAAUUCUUGGUGGUAGUUAUAUAUUGCUCUUUUUGUCUGGAAAGGGCGGCCACAGUCAUUCACACAAUCAACCAAUGGAGAAAAUGGCUGUUGCUGGACUCGUUCUUGUUCCUGCAUUAUCUCCUUGUGCAACCACACUUCCAGUGUUUCUUACUGUUGGUAAUUCAUCCUCUAUGAUGGUCCUUGCCAUCAUAGUCCUGCUACUAAGCACUAUAACUGUAAUGACAUCACUGGUGGCUCUAUCAUUCUACGGUGCAAGCCAACUCAAGUUUCACUGGGUGGAGCGGUAUGAUAAACUUCUUGUAGGUUCGGUGCUGUGUCUAGUGGGAAUUUUGACACUUCUUUUUCAUGAUCAUGGUCAUGAUGGAGGUUCCGUUGUAGAUAAUUUGGGUCGGAAGCUCAUUGUGCUUUGAGGACUCAUGUUCGUUAUAGUGGUAACGGAUGUCUUCAUCCUAAAUCAACUAGCACUCUCUGUAAACUAUUUUUGGUUAGAUUUUCAGGUUCUCUGCUCAAGCUUAUUUAAUUCUUUUUAAUUAUAAGAAGUGUGUUGUGAUUUCUA